AUUUACUUUGCAAACUUAGUUACAUAAAGUAUUUUAUGAAACUUCUUUUAAACAACAAUGAAAUACAUAUUAGUUGUUUUCUUAGCGAUAAUUGCUCUCGUGAGCGCUGGGCGAGUACUCGACGAUGAGUUGGAGCGACAGAAAGCCGUAAUGAAAGCACGUAUUAACACAUUCGAGGCCAAAGUGGAGGCGGAUAUCAAACACUUCGACACAACUAAACUGAAGGACUCGUCCGAUCAGAAGGAAUUGAAAGACACCCGCAUUGAACUCGAACAACACAAAGUGGAAUUGACCAAGGUGAUCAGUCCGGACGAUCUCGAGCCAAUUGGAGACAGAAUGACCUAUCUGGAAGAUUGGGAACCCUCACAGGUGGCCCGUAUGGAGGAUAAGCUACACCAUUAAAUUGAUUAUUAUGGUUAAUGUUUUAAUUAAGCUGUGAUUAAUAAAUUUUAUUAAUAAUAGUAGACAAA